AUGACUUUUACUGCUGAUGAUUGCCUCGGAACCCAGUACAAACACGAUGACCCGUUGGUGAUCGAAAUGGAUCUCAACAACCACAACGUCCACAAAGUACUGCUGGUCGAUAGAGGGAGCGCCGUCAACAUCAUCUUCAGAAACUGUUUCGAGCAGCUCAUCCUCGAGGAAGGAGAGGAGUCACUGACUAAGGUCAGCUACCCACUGAUCGGCUUCAAAGGAUCCGCAACAAUUCCCCGAGGAAAGAUCACCCUUCCCGUCACCAUUGGUCAAGGCCUAGCGGCAAGGAACGUCCGAGAGGAGUUCUUGGUGAUGGAUUGCGAUUCGGUAUAUAAUGUCAUCAUGGGACGAACCAUGAUUCACAAGAUACAAGCAAUCCCAUCCACGUACCACCAGAUGAUGAUGUACGUCUCGGACGCAAGUUUCGCCGAACGGAGAACAGGUGACCAGGAGGUGGCAAGAUCAACCUGUCACACUGCCAUCCGAAAGCCGAAGCUAGGAGACAGUCCUGAAGAUGAGGAUGAGAAAAGUUUCCCCCCAAGAGAGGAAAAUGAGGCUAAGAGGAGAAAGGCAGAGCCGAGCAGUCUGGUAAAGCCCGCGGAGGUUGAUGCUCGACCAGAAACCCUUUCCCCCGAACCAGAUCAAGAAAUGGAGGACAUCCCCCUAGAGGAUGACUCAGACAGAACAGCCGAUAUGCCAGGGAUAGAUUCGGAGAUGAUCUGUCACAAGCUGUGUUAG